AUGGAUCACCAUGUUCCGACGCCGACGACGGCGUCGACGUGCACCCCGGAGACGGCGCAAGGCAGGCACUUAUUUGAGGUCACCGGUUACAGCAAGCACAGGGGGAUGGGCCACGAAAAGUUCAUCAGGUCCGGUACCUUCUUCGUCGGAGGCCACCAGUGGUCCAUCCGCUUCUACCCGGAUGGGAUCACAGACAAAGAUUACAUCUCAGUUUAUCUCGAGCUCAUGGAGGAGAAGGAAGGCUCCAAGGUACGGGCAUCCUGCGACCUGAAGCUGGUCGACCUGACAACAGGGUUGUCGGCUUCUGUGCAUAGGACAGGGCCUAGAAUGUUUAACUCCGGUGAUGUCAGUAAGUUUGCUCCUCAGGAUGGCUUGUUCAAGAAACGAAGCGAAUUUGAGGCGUCAGUGUACCUUCGAGAUGAUCGUCUUGUGAUCGAAUGCAUUGUCACUGUUAUGACAGAACCUAAGGUAUCUGCAACCAAAUUGCCCACAAAAAUUGAGAUGCCCCCAUCAGACAUUGGAAAUCAUCUUGGCAAGUUGUUGGAAGAAGAGGAGUGUGCAGAUGUCACAUUCAGCGUUGGAGGAGAAACUUUUACAGCGCAUAAGCUUGUGCUCGCAAUGCGGUCGCCAGUUUUCAAAGCUGAGUUCUAUGGUCCGAUGAGGGAGAGGAGCACGCAGCUUGUGACCAUUGAUGACAUGCAACCUGCUGUGUUUAGGGUCCUUCUUCAAUUUAUCUAUACCGAUUCUUUGCCUGACAUGAAGGAUCUUGUGGAAGAUGUCAACUGCGAAAUGAUCCGGCAUUUACUUGUGGCUGCAGAUAGAUAUGCUUUGGAUAGGCUCAAGUUGAUUUGUCAAAGCAUCCUUGCCGAGAAUCUUAAUGUGAUAACUGUGGCAACUACAUUGGCUUUGGCUUAUCAGCAUAACUGCAACAUGCUUCAGGAUGUUUGCCUUGAAUAUAUCACCAGUUCAGAUGUGAUGGAUGCAGUGGCAGCAACCGAAGGCUACAAGAAUCUCAAGACAACCUGCCCUUCUGCACUAGCAGAUGCAUUUGAGAAGACAAUGAAGUUGCUUAGAACAUAA